AUGGAGGAUACGGCCAAUCUGGCUGUUAAAGCGACUAAUAUCGAACCUAUUGUUUGGAUUUGGCCUCGUAAUGCUCAAGACCAAAAGGCGAUCCGUACAUCUGACAGCUGCGAAGAUGUUCAUUCGCCAGCGCCUUUCUGGCAAACGUUCAUUAGAUCAAGCAAGCAACCCUACGGUAAUUCCAAGAAGAACGCCAAGGAAGAUUUAAAAUAUGAAGAAGCUUACGAUCAAUCGUAUAUGCGUAGCUGCGUUGCUCAUGCUGUAGCUGGUGCAUUCGAGUUUGCAGUCAGAAAGGGGGGCGAAUCCAACUUCUCACCCUCUAGGCUAUUCAUCUGGUACUAUGCUCGUCGCAAUACAGAACAUAACGAAAACCCUCGGGGGUCAGUCGAAUAUGAUGUCGGCACCAGCGUUAGGAAUGCGCUCAUUGUUCUGUUAAAAGGCGUCUGCGACGAGCAACACUGGUCCUACGUAUGCAGCAGAAGCGACGAGAAAACUCGUAGGUUCCCUCGCAAUGCCAAAGCUGCAACAGAGCCUGAUAAAUAUGCACGACGGAACGCCAAGCAUUAUUCUGCAACAUACAAACGGAUUGAUUUGGAAAAUUUAUACGAAAACCUCAUAGAGUGUCUCGACAGCGGGUUCCCCUUCAUCUUUUCAAUGAACGUGUACGACCAGUUCGACAAGAAAAGAUUCAAUGAAAAGAGUGGCUAUAUAAUAAAAACACCGAGUUACAUGGAGGACCGAGACGAGGGAGCUGGACAUUCACUUCUAGCAGUUGGUUACAUACCUGGCAAUACUCCGCAGGAUGAUUUGUUUAUCGUGCGAAACUCAUGGGGGACUGACUGGGGCGACCACGGCCAUUCCUAUGUAGGCUAUAGUUACCUGAAACAGUUUUGCAACGACUUCUUUACCGUCCGCUUGGACACGGCCCCCAAGAGACGUCGCGAUGAUGAUGAUUAUGACGACGCUCAAAAUCCAUCCAAACACCAAUGCCUACUGACAUCACGUCUUACGGAGCUUCAAAUUAGUGACGCUAAUCCAGCAUAA